AUGUCUAGUAAAGAAUCUGGACAAAAUGAAGAGCUCCUACCGAAUAGAUCCUGGAGUGUAGAUGAGGAAAUAAAGUUAUUCAGCUUGGUGUGUGAUUACAAACCAGCAGGCUCAAAAAAACACAAGAAUAUGGCUGUUAUUUUAAACAAAAUCAAUGAAUCUAUAGAACCACUAGUACCACCACUUAAUGAGUCGGAUGUGUGGCAAAAACUACAACAAUUGUUCAAUCUUUCAAAGAUUGACCUUCUUGAGGGGCUCAGCGGUGAUGAAAUUACCAACAGUGAUAGUUUGGAUAAUGCUAGUGGCAAUACAACUGCUGGUGAAGAAUCAGUAAAACCCACUUUAACACGAAAAAAGGAUUUUAUUGAUAAUGCCGAUGAACAAGACGAUAAAGAAGAGAAAGCACAGAAGAGCCUAGAAUUGGAGAAAAGAGGUAGGGGCAGAACAGGUAAAGGUGGCAAGGAGAAUUCAACUCGAAGACGAUUAAGAAAUUCAGUUGGCGAUGAAUCAGUAAAGGACGAAGAUAAGGAAGGGACUAGUGAGGUGCACAAUAGCUCCCAAGACGAAAGCCAAGAGGCUAAAUUAGAUUUUGUAUCAAAUAAAAAAACGCGUCCACAUAUUAAAGCCGAGAAGGACAAACAAAUAGCGGCACAAGAAGACCAAGAGGAAAACGAGGAGGACGAAGCGGACGAAGCGGACGAAGAUGAAGAAGAUGAAGAAGACGAAGAAGACGAAGAAGACGAAGAAGACGAAGAAGACGAAGACGAAGAAGAUGAGGAUGAAGAGGAUGAGGAAGAAAAGGACGAAGAAGAAGACGAAGAAGAAGACGAAGACGAAGAUCAGAAGGAUGAGGAUGAGGAGGAAGAGGAAGAAGAGGGAGAUGGUAAAAAUGGGAGAGAUGAAAAGGCUAAAGAGGAAGGAGAAGGAGAGGAAAGUCCUGAUGUUGCACCUUCAAGACGAACUAGAGGCCGAAGGCAUGUUGAAGAUCACGAUGCUCCCUCAAGAGAGCCCCCUCGUAAAAAGCAGAGAUCAGAUGUCAAAUCUGAAGGACCCCUUGAUGAAGCCACAGUUGAGAAAUUUUCGAAGAAAGGCAAAAAUACGGCUUCUGUUGCCCCCCUACCGUCUACAGGACGAAGAAGAACUCGAUCUGAGGCACACGUUGAAAACGUAGAAGAAGAAGACACACGUCCCAAACGUGAAAAAAAGGGAAAUGAUAUUAAGAAACAAGAACUGGAGAAUGAAUCCACAGAGGACGGGUCUGACAAGAAAAAGCUGGCAAAACUGGAAAGGAGGAGCGAUAAGUCCCAAAAAGGCUCAGUUGAACCUAUUAAAACAGCAGUUAGACGGUCUGGUCGUGGAGUUAAUGCUCUGCAGGAUUCAAAAAGACUGACACCUCCUAUAAGACGUAGUACAAGGAAAAGGUGA